GGCCGGGACCGUCCCGGUCUGGACCGAAGCCCGGGCGAGGGAGCCCGCCGCGCCGCUCCGACCGGGAGCCGGACCAGGCAAGAAUUUCAGCACAGCUUGUCCUACUGAACCUGGCCAGUGUCAAUGAUGGCAAGACUCCCAAGUGCUGCACCGCAUGCCCUGUGGAUCCUUUUCUUUUCAUAUACAACAACAGAAGUUACGGCUGCAGGACAUGUACAGGAAUUUGCAUGCUUCACUGACUACGACAAAGAGCUGGUUUGUCACUGGAAGGUGCCUGCACAAACGAAUUGCUCCAAAGAAUUCCUGCUCUACUACAGGAACGAAUUUUUUUUUCUGCCAAAUCAUGUGUGUGUCCCUGAGAAUGGAAAAGUCAGUUUAAGGUGCACUUGCACAAUAUAUCCGGAUUAUUUUGUAUCAGGCCUCACAUAUAUUCUAGCUCUGCAAUUCAAUGGGACUGAUAUGUGGAAUUACAGUGUUACACCAGCCCUGGUUGUUAAGCCAAGGGCCCCCAAAAAUCUUGCCAUUGAGAAAGUUGAAAAUGGUAAUUUCAAUCUGAGCUGGGAGGAGAGCUACUCUCCUCCAUCCAUGCUCUCUGGACAGCCGGUCAUCUAUGAAGUGAAAUACUGGAGGAAGCAGCACCCGACAGAGGUUUCUGUAAAAGCAAUUAACUACCAGGCAAAAAGCUUUGAAAUUACUGCAGGCUCCUUGAGGAGAGGCUAUGAUUACGUUGCAAGUGUGAGGUGUAACUAUACAGACUACCCGGCCUACUGGAGUGAAUGGAGUGAAGAAGUUGAAUUUCACUAUGAUUACCAAGUAACAGCUGAAGACAUUCUGCAGAUGGUUGUUCCGGUAUCCUGCAUACUGAUCAUGGCAGUAUCUGUAAUUUGUUACUUCUGUUUUACCAAAGUGAAGAAAGAAUGGUGGGAUCAAAUCCCAAAUCCAGCAAAGAGCCAUUUGGUCGUAAAAAACGUCAAGUUUUCAGUUAUGUGCUACUUUGAUGAAAUUAAGUUCCCUUUCCAUGACUUAAAGCAGAGUCAUAUGGAAAACCAAAUAAGUUGCAAGAACUGUCUGGCUCAAAGUUUGCCAAGCCAAAACUUCAAGGGAAAAGAUAACAUCAGAAAUGUUGAGAAAUCUUGCAGUUGCCACAGCAAGUCUGGAGAAUGGUUUCCAAAAGGCAGCAGUGCAGUUUUAACCCCUGAGACAAUUCUGGUUGAAGAGUCUAUAGAAAUCUGUGAAUGUUUAACGGACAUUGAGGCUGAGAGCCAGGAAGAGACUAGCGACCAGAUCACCGUGUUUGAGCCUUGUGAGAGCAGCGUCAGUGCUUUCAGAGAGCACACUGAACACAAUGAUGCACUAGCUAGCAUGUUUAUUGAGCUCCUGGCAGAUGAAAACAACAUGCAAGACAAUAAAGACCCAGACAUCAUCACAGGCGAGAAUAAAACCUUUGAGAAACUUGAGUCAGAAAAUCCAUCACAGCAAAAUCCAAAGGAAAGUGCAGCCCAGAGUCAGCAGCCACGUGAUAUUUCUCAUACAGUCUCCCUUUUCACCAAAGCCUCUCAAGAUGAUUACAAUUGUAGUACAGCCAGCAGGAAGUCAGAACAAUCAGAAGAAUCCUUUGAAUCUGGCUAUCAGAGCUCCAGCAUAAAUUCUGUUUCUCUGGAUACAAGAGAUCUUCAACAUAUGGUUCAUGACUCGUGUGUCCUGAUCCAGGAAUGUCCAAAUAAACCAUCCUUUGGGACCAAAAAAGACAGAAUAAGCAACCCUGCAUACAAGAGUUUUGAUACCCUUGUUUCUCCAUCCGUGAGGCUGUGUAGCUCUGCAUAUAAGAGCUUUGACACCCUUAUCUCUCCAUCCGUGGAGCCCUGUGGUUCUGCCUGCAAGAGCUGUGACAGCCUUAUGUCUUCAUCUGUGGAGCCCUGUGGUUCUGCCUACAAGAGCUGUGACAGCCUUAUGUCUCCGUCUGCAGAGCCCUGUGGUUCUGCAUACAAGAGCUUUGACACUCUUGUGUCUGCAUUCAAGGAGCCAAGUAGCUCUGCGUAUAAGAGCUUUGAUACUCUUAUGUCUCAGUCUGUGGCUAACAGUAGCCUGACUCUGUGUUUUGAAAAUGUGAGCUCCUCACCACCUUUGACACAGUUUUCAGAGACACCAGAACUUAGCUGCAGAGAUCGAGUUUAUCGACCCCCUAGCAAUCAGACAUGUUAUACCAACUACAAAUCUCCCUGCACUGAGCUUGAUUUUCAAAACACCUGUUCAGAACAUACUGAUUUUCCAUCUUUCUCCACACGUGCAAGUGAUAGUGCUUCAGCUUUCCUACCAGAGGAAGAAAUACAUAAGCAAGUAACAUACCAAAAUGUUCGAAAGAAAGCCAAUGUAAUUUCUUGCCCCAUUGGACCUCAACCGUCUGGUUAUCAACCUUUUGCUAGUGCAGUUAAGUGUAAUGGUACAUACUGUGACAAUGACAGUGAGGUUAUCUCUAGGUCACUGUAUGAACCCUUUGUUCGUCUUUUGUACAACAACCUGAGAGAAGCACCUCCAGAUACCAUAAUCUGUGAACCUGACCAGAGGACAGAUGACCACGUGUGUUUGACGGUACAGGGUUCUGACUGCAGCACUGUCCCAGGUUUAGCGUCUAGUGAGAAUGUCACACAGACCAGUGAUGGCAGCCUUUGGAUCAUCAACUCUAAUGAGCUGUCUAGUGAUAGCAAAGAUGAAAAUACUAGCAGAGAUGAACAGCUGUUGCAUUUGUUAGAGAUGAACUGUCAAGAUUUUAACAGCAGAGAAAGAACUGUAAAGGGGACAAAACCUAACGGCUUUAACUAUACUGGUAAAGGAAUGCAAGAGAGCAGCAGUAACAGACUAAAUACUGACUUUCACUGCCCCACGCACAACCACUUGAGGAAACUUGGAAAUGCAGGGGAAAAUAAAGAGGUGAUAAAGCAUGCGGUAGGCAGGAGGUGUGGCUCAGCAGCUAGCUUACCAGAGGAAUCGCUGGACAGCAUUGGGCUAAACUUAGAAAGAAAAACUGCAGAGCCCCUGCAGCUCCUGGUCUCAGACAAGUUGUCACCUCCUCUUUUUGUGGAUAACUCCUGUCCUGAUUCUCACACCAUUCACAGUGAGGGUUCCAGACUGGCACCUGCAGGUAAAAAAAGACCAGUAGAACUAUUGAGGGAAAACAACAGGAAGAAUGAGAAAAAAAUGAAACUUGUACAAGCCCUGGCCCAGGAGGACAACUGCUACAUGAAGGUAGCCUAGCCACACGUGCCAAGACUGAACCAAAUCAGUCUUUGGAAAUAAACUGUAUGGCAAAUGGAAAUGUUGCUUGUUCUUCCAAUCCUGCCUGAAGUGAGGGCUGCUACAGUUCAGGCAUGGAUUCAGUGGGUUGUAACACUCAUGCCUGCUGCAGGGCUGGCAACCAGUCUGUGAUGCAGGCCCCUGGGGGACAGGAGGGGUUAGCACCUAACGAUUGCAGCUACAACUCUGUC